GUACAGGGUACUGAAGCUUCGACUGCGCCACAUUAUCCCCAAAUCGGAGUCCGAUGCCGGAACAACAUCCUUCCCGUAUCCACACCAACCUGUCCACAUCGACUUCCAGACUGGCAUCUUCCUCGCUCACCAGACGACAAAAUAGCCGGCCCGUCGCGUCGACGCAACCUCCGCCUCGAUAUAUCCUCCCCCGUCUCCGCUUUCCCUCUCCUAACCGGAUCGAAGAAAUUAAACAACACGCGUUAAGACCCACCCGUCAAUUAGUAGACUGAGAAAAGUAGCAAGUCAUUAAAUUUACUUAACUCGCCGAUUCUCCAAUUGAGGCUGGCCGGGCCGACUGGCUCCUCUUCGUAGAAGCCAUCUCCGGCCGGCCGGCUCAUCCGCGAUGGGAAUCUGCAAGAAAACGGCGGCGCAGGUGGCGGCUACGGCGACUGUGAAGGUGGUGCUGCAGGAUGGAAAGCUGGAGGAGUUCCUGCGGCCGGUGAAGGCAGCGCACGUGCUGCAGGAGAACCCCAUGUCCUUCGUCUGCAACUCCGACGACAUGAAAUUCGGCGGCUUCGUCUCCGCCGUCGGUGCCGAUGAGGAGCUCCAUCCAGGGCAGCUCUACUUCCUCCUCCCGCUCUCCGUGCUGAGGCGACCCCUCCACGCCGAGGAGAUGGCCGCCCUCGCCAUCCGGGCCAGCACCGCCCUCAUGUCCGGCGCCUCCUCCUCCUGCCGCUGCCACAAAGGUUCCAUGGCACCGCUCGUAUUCCCCGCAGGCGGAGGGGACCGGGUGGUGAUGGCGGAGCGGACCGGGUGGUGAUGGCGGAGGAGAGCCGGUGGCAGGGGACGUAAUUUCACGACCAAGUUGAGUGCAAUUGCGGGGUAGACACUCGCGAAGGCAACCGGAACAAUCCCUCCAACCCUUGGAUUAGGUCGAUUGGUCGGUAUUUUUGGAGAUUCCUUCGUGGUCAGGUAACCGGCAAACGUAAAAUGAUUGCAACACGGGACCUCCGCCUCCGCGCUAGUGGAACGGGAAACAGCUACGCGUAACGCCUGACCAAUGGAUUUUAAGCUUGGAAGGCCAAGAUUUAGUUAAAUUCUUGAUGAUCAGAUGGAAGUGACUCCUUAUGUUGUUCCGUUGAGUCCCGAAGGUGAGCUGCAGCGCCGUCCAUGCUUGGUCGGUCUCUUCUGUGAAUGUUAAAAAAAAUAGUGUACAAAAAACCAGAUAUUUUGAUGAAAAAAAUAAGUCCUUUCUUUUAUUGUUAUUACUACCAUGCAACUCGCGCUACGCUUCAAGCUUAAUACA